UCUGAUAUGGCUAAGCUUGCAGUUCUGGCCUUGCUUGUGUUGCUCGGUUCGGUGACAUGCCGAGCCGACUACGGCUACGGUGGUUACCCCAGCCCAACACCGACACCAACCCCCACCCCGCCACCGAGCGCCGGCGGCCUCACCGUCGGCUUCUACGACAGCACGUGCCCAAACGCCGAGGACAUCGUGAGGGGUGUAGUCGAGAAGGCGGUGACACAGGACCCUGGCGUUGGCGCGGGGCUCAUUAGGAUGCUCUUCCACGACUGCUUCGUGCAGGGGUGCGACGCGUCCGUGCUGCUCGACCCGACCACGGCGAACCCGCAGCCUGAGAAGCUGUCCCCGCCGAACUUCCCGAGCCUGCGCGGCUUCGAGGUCAUCGACGCGGCCAAGGCGGCGCUCGAGGCCGCGUGCCCGGGCAACGUCUCCUGCGCCGACAUCGUCGCCUUCGCCGGCCGCGACGCCAGCGUCGUCCUCAGCGGCCGCAGGAUCAACUUCACGAUGCCCGCGGGCCGCCGCGACGGCCGCGUGUCCAACUCCAGCGACGCGCUCCAGUUCCUGCCACCGCCCUCGUUCAACCUCUCCGAGCUCACCGCCAGCUUCGCCGCCAAGGGUCUCGACGUCGACGACCUCGUCGUGCUCUCCGGCGCGCACACCGUCGGCCGCUCCCACUGCUCGUCCUUCGUCACCGACGGCCGCCUCAACGCGUCCACGUCCGACAUGAACCCGGGGCUGGCGGCGUCGCUGAGGCAGGAAUGCCCGGCGAGCCCGAACGCGACCAACGACCCCACGGUGGCGCAGGACGUGGUGACGCCAGUCACGCUGGACAACCAGUACUACAAGAAUGUGCUCAACCGCAGCGUUCUGUUCACGUCGGACGCGGCGCUCCUCAACUCGGGGCAGACGGCGGUGUCCGUGCUGCUCAACGCGGUGACCCCUGGGCGUUGGGAGCAGAUGUUCGCCAAGGCGAUGGUGAAGAUGGCUCGCAUCGAGGUGAAGACAGGCACCAACGGCGAGAUCAGGAGGAGCUGCAGGAUCGUCAACUAG